CUUCAUGCAUGUCCCAAAAGAGGCAUCAGACUUUUAUUACAAACUUGUAGUUGUUUUCACUCUGUUUCUGUUGGCUGUCUUUCUGUGUUGUGUUGUAUUAUAUAUAACCAAUGUUAUUCAAAACUCAUCCCUCCAAAUUCUACUCUCUUUCUCACACCCAAAAAUCCUCCAUCCCACCAAUACAAGCCUUUACAACCCUCUUAAAGUCAUGUUCUUCCAGCCCAUACCAGCUCAAACAAAUCCAUGCCCUCCUCCUCACUACAGGUCUAUCAAUCAAGAACAGACUCAUCACCCAUCUGCUCACAAACCUUACACUUUUGGGUCAUAUGUCAUACGCUCGCCAACUGUUCGACGAAAUGCACAAGCCACGAACUUUCUUAUGGAACACUCUCAUUAAAGGGUAUGUGAAAAAUGAGCUUCCCAUUGAAGCUGCUUCGGUUUAUAGGCAAAUGCACCUUAUUGGUGUUCGUCCAGACUCCUUUACGUAUCCAUUUGUGGUCAAGGCAUGUGCCCAAUUGCCUGAAUUAUGGACCGGUGGGGCAGUCCAUGUCCAUGUGAUGAAAUAUGGAUUGGAGUUUGUUUCUAUGGUGAGGACUGAGUUGAUGAUAAUGUACGUGAAAUUUGGGGAGAUGGGUUUGGCUGAAUUUUUGUUUGGGAGUAUGGUAGAGAGGGAUGUAGUAGCGUGGAAUGCGUUGAUUGCAGUGUGCGUGCAAAAUGGACUUGCCAGUAAGGCUCUUGGGUUGUUUCACCAAAUGAGUUUGGCUGGAAUUAAGCCUGAUGCAGUGACAAUUGUGAGUGCUCUUUCAGCGUGUGGCCAAUUAGGUUGUUUGGAGAUUGGGGAGGAAACAUACGGAGUGGCAAGAAAAGAGGGGAUUGAUUGUAAUAUCAUUGUUGAAAAUGCACGGCUUGAUAUGUAUGUUAAAUGUGGUAACACUGACAUGGCAAGGACCUUGUUUAAUAAAAUGCCUCAAAGGAAUGUUAUUUCAUGGAGUACAAUGAUUUUAGGGUAUGCGAUCAAUGGGGAAACUGAAAAGGCAUUGGCUCUGUUCUCAAGGAUGAAGAAUGAGGGAGUGCAACCAAACUAUGUUACUUAUUUAGGGGUGCUAUCAGCAUGUAGCCAUGCAGGGCUAGUAAAUGAAGGCUGGGCAUAUUUCAACCAUAUGGCUCAAUCAGGUCAUAAGAAUAUUCAACCUAGAAAAGAACACUAUGCUUGUAUGGUUGAUCUUCUUGGCCGGUCAGGACAUCUUGAGGAGGCUUAUAACUUCAUUAAAAGUAUGCCCAUAGAGCCGGAUGCAGGCGUUUGGGGGGCUUUGUUGGGCGCUUGUGCAAUUCAUCAUGAUGUCAAAUUGGGGCAGCAUGUAGCAGACUUGCUCAUUGAAGUAGCUCCUGAUAUUGCUUCAUAUCAUGUUAUAAUGUCUAACAUCUAUGCAGCAGUUGGGAGAUGGGAUUUUGUUGAUAAGGUGAGACUAAAAAUGAGAAAGAAAGGCGUUAAAAAAGUAGCUGGUUAUAGCUCAGUUGAAUUCAAUAGUGAAUUUCAUUUUUUCUAUGGGGGAGACAGAUCACACCCACAGUCAGCCUAUAUAUAUGAGAAGUUGGAGGUUUUACUUAAACAGAUAAAAUGUAUAGGCUACAUUCCCAAAACCAGUUCUGUGUUCCAUGAUGUGGAAACAGAGGAAAAGGAAGUCACGAUUAGCACUCACAGUGAAAAACUUGCUAUUGCAUUUGGUCUUAUCAAUGUAAGACCUGAAUAUCCCAUUAGGGUGAUGAAGAAUUUGAGGACUUGUGAUGACUGCCAUAAUUUCUCUAAAUUUGUCUCCAAAAUUACAAUGAGGGAGAUUAUCAUGAGAGAUAAGAUCCGUUUUCAUCAUUUUAGGAAUGGCGUUUGUUCAUGCAAAGACUUUUGGUGAUAUCAAGAAAUUAUAAUCACUCUGAUCCUCGUUAAAGACCAAAAGAUAUAGUUUGAGUUCGCAAAAGUGGUUGGAGAGGAACACAGAUCAGCACAUCAUCAAUAUUUGAUAUGGCUCAAGGCUAGCUCGGGAACUGGAGUCCCAUCUGAGAUGAUGAGCAGCAUUGAGGUAAGCUGGACAAACGAUCCAAUCCAAUCAGAGAUACUCUUCUUUUGAUAUUGCAAGACCCAAGCCCAAAAUGAAUCCUUCAUCAAGUGUUGAAAUGAUUAAAAGUGGGAACCGGUGUCAACAUAAAGAGCAUAUAUCUAAUGGAUCAUAAUCAGAAAUUUGUUUUGUAGCUGUGAUGCAUCAUUACUUCCCAGGAUCAAAAGUUUCUCGUGAGUACAAACAACCUACUGCUGUUAUAUUGGAUUUGAUCUGCUCCAAAGAAACAGAGAAACCUAUGUUUUUUACUGUAUCCCAAUUGGGAAAAUAUUCUUGGAUUGGACAGGUUAUUUAUUUUGAGAUUAAAGUGAAAUAAACAAUUAGGUUCCAUGCAGUUAUGCA